AUGCCCUCCAUCAUACUAGGUUGGCAGGAUGUUAACAACCCUUACUCCGGUUACCUGCACUCUUUGGACUUGGUCACCAAGCCAGAAGAGAUGGCACCAGCAAAUCACCUUCUUGUGCAGGCUGCACAUCAUGCUGCUUCCAGCAGGAUGGUCUUCACCAUUGUUGGCAUGGGCCAGGUUCCCCCUGAGUUGGUGGCCCCACAUGCACCUGUGGUGGCACAGCCUGUGCCCCCUUCCCAGACUGAAAUUGAUCAGCUCUUCCCAAUCUCUGCACCAUUGGGUCCUGCAAGCAUGCAGCACUAUGAUGCCAAUCCAACUUUCCUCCCAAGUGCCCUGCCUCAGCUGCCAGUGCAGCCUUUUGCCCCUCCUGCUUUAGGCACUGUACUGGUCUUCAUGAAUGUCAACACCAUUGUUGCAUUUAUGAAAGGCCUGAACAUGUGCAUGUGCAUCACUCAUGUCAAGCUGAAGGACCAUGGCACCAUCAACAUACUCUGCCAUGAUGGGACAGGGGAAAUCGACCUGGUUGUGUGGAGGGCAUAUGCACUUCAAGCUGGGAAUGUGGAAGAAGGGAAGACUUAUGGAAUCUAUAAUGUUGCAGCAAUCACCUCUGUUUAG